UCAUGGCGGAUGGCCCCAGGUGUAAGCGCAGAAAACAGGCGAACCCGAAGAGGAGCAGCGUGACAAACUUCAACAAUGGCUUGGAGGCCAGUUCAGACUCUGAUGACGAGGACAAGCUACACAUUGUGGAGGAGGACAGCCUGCAGGAGACCGAGGUCGCCAACGCCGAUGGGACUACGCCGCAGGACAGCCAUGAUGCCACCAUAACAGUAUUACCCCACAAUGGCUCCUUGAACGGAGUGAAAGACGAGUGUGUGUCAGAAGAGGAGGAGGAGGAGGAAGAGGUGAAGGAUACUCUAGUGGAGGAGAUUCUCCAGCAGGGAGACACAGCCAUCAUCUAUCCUGAAGCCCCGGAUGAUGAGCAGAGUCCAGCAGAAACAGGAGGCGCUGAUGAAAACGGCACCCCAGACUCCUUCUCCCAGUUGCACACUUGCCCCUACUGCUCCCGGGGCUACAAGCGCAACGCCUCGCUAAAGGAGCACAUCAAGUACCGGCACGAGACCAGCGAGGACAACUACAGCUGCUCGCACUGCAGCUACACCUUCACCUACCGCUCGCAGCUGGAGAGGCACAUGAGCCACCACAGGGGCACCAGGGAGCAGCGUCACGUUUCCCAGUCGACCGGAGGAUUAGAAGGAACAGGUGGAACCCGCAAGUUCAAGUGUAGCGAAUGCUCCAAGGCCUUCAAGUAUAAGCACCACCUGAAGGAGCACCUGCGCAUUCACAGUGGUGAGAAACCAUAUGAAUGCUCAAACUGCAAGAAGCGAUUCUCCCACUCAGGCUCCUACAGCUCCCACAUCAGUAGUAAGAAGUGUGUGGGUGCAGCAUCUCCUAAUGGUGUCCCUCAAAUGUCAAUCAAAUCCCCUCCACCCACUACCCAGGCCACACCGGUUGUAAUUGCUCCAGCCCGCGUGAUCCUCAAAGAGAAAACUGAAAGCAAACCCCUUCAGGAGCAGCUCCCCGUCACCCAGAUCAAAUCUGAACCUGUGGAAUACGAGUGCAAGACGGUGAUGGCGGCGCCGGCGACCUCAGCCGGUACCAACGGAGUGGUGAACGGAGGCACGGCGCAGCCGGCUGUGGUUCCAGCUGCAACCCUGCCUCAGGGCGUGGCUAUGGUCGUGCCAACGGUCGGCCUGAUGUCGCCCAUCAGCAUCAAUCUGAAUGACUUGCAGAAUGUGCUCAAAGUGGCGAUGGACGGAAACGUGCUCAGGCAGGUGCUGGGUACAGCUAACGGGGUGGUGACGCAGGGCAAGCAGGGGAUUAUAGUGCAGCAGCCCCAGCAGCAGAUCAUCAGCCUGCCGGCCUUUGUGGAUCACGACGGCACCACAAAGAUCAUCAUCAACUACAGCAUCAGCCCUGCGGCCGCCACUACUGCCACUACCCAGCCUGCACCGCCUGUUGCCAAAAACAAUGCCUCCCCCACUGUCACCACUGCUGCAGCCCCCACCCCCACCAAAACAGAUAAACCCUCGACCCCAGAGGUGGCCGACCUCACCAUCGUAAAGACAGAGCCAGAAUCGGUGCCCAUCAUCGAGGCAGAGGCAGUCACACAGACAGAAAUGAAAACUGUAAAGACUUCAGACGGCCACACAGCUCCGUUGCCAAAAGUCAGCAGCACCAGUACGUGUUUACUUUGCGACGACUGUCCCGACAACCUGGAGGCGCUGCACCUCCUCCAGCACCGCAAAGCCGCCAACGGGGAGGCCGUGGACUCCGCAGCGCUGGACCCCUCGUUCGCUGAUCUGCUCAGCGAGGCAGGGGUGACGCUGGAGGAGCCGCCCGUGGACGACCUCCUCUCGCUCCUCAAGACAUACUUCGCCUCCAAUGCCAACCCCAGCGAGGAGGAGCUGGCAAAGAUCUCAGAGUCUGUCAGUAUUCCUGUGGAUGUGGUCAGAAAGUGGUUUGCCAAGAUGAACUCUGGGAAAAAUGUGGGUAAAUACCGCAAAAACGCUACAGCGGUUUCCAAAAAGACUGAAACCACAAAUUCCAGCACGGCCGACGUCUCGAAUCAGAACGGAGAGGCAGAGGAAGACAGCGCCCAGGAAGCAUCGGACAAAGCCUCAUCAGAAUCAGGCAACGCUGCUCUGUCAGACUCUUCACCACUAAGCCUCAACACCGGGGACCUUGUCAUCAUUAAAAGGGAGCCAGAGGACCCAGAGGCCCCAGACUCGCAGGCAGAGCCGCUUGACCUGUCCCUUCCAAAACAUAUCGCUGCGGCGUUGGAAACAAAAAUGGCCGCGCCUCCCGCCAAGCAGCAGGAGCAGCCCCUGAACCUGACCUGCCUGAGGAAGGAGCAGCUGGAGAGUCGAACCGUCUAUGUCACGGCGCCUCAGACGGGAAGGCCGGUCAACAUCGUCACCGCCGCGCAGCUGCCCACGUUAGUGGCCAUCGCUGGUCAGGGCACGGUGGGCUGUCUCAGCGCCAUCAACACCACAUCCAAACGCACCAUCCUCAUCCCCCAGCUCACCUACACCUACGCCACUACGGCCGGCAACGCCACUGGAGCAAAGACCGUCGUACUGAACGGCCAUAAGCAGGAGAAGAAGCUGGACAGCAGCUCUGACGGUGUUUCCACAGCGGAGGAGCAGAAUGACGCAGAUUCGGCCUCACUGUUGAAGAAGCGACGGCUGGAAAACGGCGUCUACCCCUGUGAUCUAUGCUGUAAAGUCUUCCAGAAGGGCAGCUCCCUGCUCAGGCACAAAUAUGAACACACAGGAAAACGGCCCCACGAGUGCAACAUCUGCAAGAAGGCCUUCAAACACAAACACCACCUGAUCGAACACUCGAGGCUGCACUCCGGCGAGAAGCCCUACCAGUGUGAUAAGUGCGGGAAGCGAUUCUCUCACUCGGGCUCGUACUCCCAGCACAUGAACCACCGCUACUCCUACUGCAAGAAGGACGGGCCAGACUCCGGCUCCGGCUCCGGCUCGGGGUCGCGCAGGGCUCAGUCGGAGCUCGGCAGCCCCGGGGCCGGGCCGCAGUCGGACAGUCGGACCACGACCCCGCCCUCCCAACUGGACUCAGACGAGAGGGAGAGCGAGGACGACGAGGACGACGAGGCCAUGUGCAUGGACGACAUCCGGGUGGUGCAGGUGGACGACGGCGAGUGCGAGAUCUACGAGGGUAACUUCGAUGACGACGACGAGGACGGGGAGGAGAUGGCGGAGGAAGAGACGACGAGAGAGGAAGAGGAGGGGAAGGAGAAGGAGGACGAGGAGGUCGUUUGUGACGUGGUGGAGAUCGAGCUGGGGGACGAUCACAUGGAGGACGAAGAGAUGGAGGAAGAAAAGGAGGAAGCGGCAAGUGCAGAUACGGAGGAGAUGGCGGACUGUGAAGCGGCAUCGGACAAAAGCAUCAGGGAGGGCUCAGACAGUGCCGAACCCACAGAGGAAGCGGUGACAAACGCCAAAUAAAGGAAUAAACGUCUCUCCGGGACAGUUCGGUCAUUAAAAGUCGAGUUAAUUAGGACAAAACCGCAGAAAAGUCAGGAGAGUCACGGCGGUUGCCUGAUCUUAACGGUCCACUACUGUGUACAAAAACCCAGGUGUGCCUGAACUUGAAAAAAGAAAAAACAAAAACAGUGACUUUUUUUUUCUUGGUGGAACUGAAUUACCAGUGUUAUAAAUUGUUUAUAGAAGUACAGAUUUUAAAGCAGAACUCACCCAUCGACUUGUUAGACUUGUUACUGAGACAUCCCAGGUUGUUUUCUCCUUCGUUCGUUUUCAUUUGGUCAGUGUUACUAAUCUUGUUCUCGUUUGAAAACAUUUUAACCUGUAAAGAUGAGAAAGAUUUCUAUACCUUUUUAUUGCCAAUGAAGUUUCCUAAAUCAGUAUUUUAUUGAGUUCUACGAACAAAAACCUCUGCACUACAGUAUUCCUGGUUUACCUAUGGAUACAUGCCUCAUGCAUCGUAUGCCCUUCAGUGUUAUAUGCGUACACUAGCUAGCGAGAUGUUGUCCGUGUUAGUCUUAGUCUUUGCUAGCUAGCAUUACCUUUGUUUUCAGUUUGAC